AUGAAUCAGGAAGCUUAGUACACAACAGAAUUUGGAGGAAUUUCAUCUUUGUUAAUUAUUGUUAUAGUAAUUUUGUUCUUCUUUUCUAACAUUUUGGACUUUUUUGCUAAGUCUCAGGUAUUUACAGAUGAUGAAACCUUAAUUUCAAGUGAUCCACAAUUGCUAGAACUUAAUUCAGACAAUUAUAUGUUAGCUGUCUCCAUAGAGUAGACUAAUUAUUCUUAGAAUCCUUUCUUUAAUAUUUCAAUAGAGUAAAGAGAUGCAAAUGGAGAAUUGAAGAAGACAAUAACAUAUAUUUAACUUUAAGAAUGUAGAUUUGAUUAAUUUGAUAAAGUGUUCUCAAAACAAGGAAUUAAUUUUACGGAAUAAUUCAAUACUCUCGGACUAAAAAAUUGGUUAUGCCCUAAAGAUGAUUUCAAGAUCCUGCUCAAAGGAACUUAUUCGAGUGAUUAAUUUUCAUUUAUUAAACUUGUUGUAAAAGAGUGUGAAAAUUCAAAUUCACAAAAUUAAUCCUGGAAUCCAAUCUGUGCUAACGAAUAAGUUAAACAGCAAUAUCUAAAUAAAGAAGGACAAUUUAAACUCUAACUUUACUAGAUUAAUACAAUAAUCAACUUGAACAAACCUCAAAACUACCUAACCCAAUUUUUAGACAGUGACAUGUAUUUUACUUUCGUUCCAAAAAAACUUUCGAGAUAAGCUAAUAUUUACUUCAGGGAAUCUAAAAUUAUCAAUGAUAAUAGUCUUUUACCUUACAAAGACUAAACAGAAACAAAUGCUAUUGUUAGAAAGAACGAGGAUUUUCGUGAUUUAACAGAAUUAGGAAGAGACGCAGAUGAUCAAUACGCAAUUAUAUAUAUGAGAAGAAGUUAAUUCACUCAAAUAGUAUAUAGGAAGUUUCUAAAAUUAGGAGAAUUAUUAUCUUAUCUUGGAGGAGUAGUAUAGAUAAUGAGAUUGUUAUUUGGUAUUGUUAUAGUGUUUUGCAAUAGAUAAUUAAUGUUAAUUGAACUGUCUAACAAACUGUAUGAUUUUAAAGAAAUCAAACAAAAAAGAUCUGAACAACUCUCUCCUCCCUAAAUCACAGGGAGUAUACCAUAAGAUACUGCAAGGUCUAAAUAUAUUGAAGAUUAAUUGAAUUCUCCAGACCCAGAUGUUAUUUUAGAUGUUAGAAAUGAUGUAUCCUUAUGUCCAAGUACAACUAAUAUCAAAAAUGCUAUCGAUAAAAUCUUAGAUGAAUCUAAUCCUAUCAGAUUUUCAUUUAAAUUGUUUCUAAACAAACUUACAUGUGGCUUCAUGUUCAAAGAUAGGAAUGCCAUCCUUCUAGAAAAAGCGAUCGAUAGAAUGAAUUAGGAUUUAGAUCUGCAUAGUAUCUUAUAUAGAAUCCAAGAAAUAAGCAAGAUUAAGAAGUUACUGUUCAAUGAAUAACAAAUGAUCUUAUUUAAUUUUACACCAAAACCACUGAUAUCUCUAAAUAGCAAUAGUAGAGUACCUUCUCGCUUGUUGAUACAUGAUUCAAAAAUCAGUAGAUUAAAGAGAUUAAAUAAUUUAGACAUCAAAGAAUAAGAUCAAAUUUCCUGUAUGCUUUUGAAUGCUUAUGUUUUAGUUAAGGAUGAAAUCCCAACAGAAUUAUAGAGUAAUUGCUCGUUGAAAAUCAAUCAAAAGUUAAUUGAAUUGAUGAUUCAAGAAACGAAGGAUGCUGACGUUUCUUAUAAGCAUUUGACGUAGACUCCGAAAAAACCUUUCAUUUCCUUUAAGUUUUAGAUGAAUGAUCAAUAGAAUGAUUAGGAAUAGAUAAAUGAAAACAAUGUAGACAACCCAAUCAUAAAUGGAUAAUAAUGA